CCUGCGCCUGAGGAGUUGAAAGCAAGAGCCCGUGAUGUCGUGGAAGGAAAACAUGUGAUGAGCACUAAGUUGCAGCCAAGCAUACUUCAGACAAUUCCGCCCUUCCUCGCCUUUGACAACACAAUGUCUGAUGUGAAAGCCUGUCCCACUGUGAGCGGAAAUCCUCCUCCACCAGAGGUCAUCAAUCCCAAGAAGCCUGGACGUGUAACCAAUCAGCUGCAGUAUCUGGAGAAGGUGGUGAUCAAAGCUUUAUGGAGGCAUCACUUCUCAUGGCCCUUUCGCCAGCCCGUUGAUGCAGUAGCACUGCGUCUCCCAGAUUAUUAUACAAUUAUUACAAAUCCUAUGGAUCUGGGCACUAUUAAGAAGCGUCUUCAGAACAAGUAUUACUGCCAAGCACUUGAGUGUAUACAAGACUUCAACACCAUGUUUACCAACUGCUAUAUGUACAAUCGGCCUGGGGACGACAUUGUUUUUAUGGCUCAGACUCUGGAGAAGCUUUUUUUGCAAAAGGUGUCCCAAAUGCCUAAGGACGAGUGUGAAGUUACAGCAGUCACUACAGAGGAACCAGUCAAAGUGAGAAAGACAAGUGCAGGUGCAUUAAAGCAGAGGUCCCUCCUGUCAGAAGUUGUUCUCCAACAGACAGUGACAGUCAUUCCCCCUGACAUGCCUCAGUUCAACCCACCCAUACAGCUCUCUCCACAAACUGAUACAACAAUUAAAAAAGGUUUUAAGAGGAAAGCAAACCCCAAAGCCUCCACCACCUCAGCGAUCACCAGCAGUGAAGCGUCGCCGGGCGAGGAGCGUUCAGCACCUACAUUAUUCUCCAGAAGAGGCAACGGCAGGCCCAUCAAACCUCCUAAGAAAGACCUGCCUGCCUGUGAGGGAAAGAAGGUCAGACUGUCUGAGCAGCUGCGGUUCUGCAGUGAUAUCCUGAAGGAGAUGCUCUCAAAGAGGCACUAUGCAUGCGCAUGGCCCUUUUAUACACCUGUUGAUGCCGUUGCUUUGGGCUUGCACGACUACCAUGACAUCAUCAAGCAGCCCAUGGACCUGAGCACCAUCAGGAGGAAAAUGGAUCGACGAGAGUAUGCAAACGCAAAGGACUUUGCUGCUGAUGUGCGACUGAUGUUUUCCAACUGUUACAAAUACAAUCCACCUUCACACGAGGUGGUCUACAUGGCGAGGAAGCUCCAGGAAAUUUUUGAGGCUCGUUUUCUGAAGGUUCCCAAAGAACCGGAGGGUUGUUCCAUAUCUCGCCAGCAGGUUAUCAAGAGUAAAGGAGACAGAGUUGGCAGUUUGUCAACCUCCGAAAGUUCUGCCAGUGAAAGCUCCUCAGAGACAGAAAGCUCUUCAGAAGAGGUGGCGUUGCAGCUGGCCUACCUGGAGGAGCGGUUGAAAGCUGUUCACGAUCAGCUGAAGAAACUGACCCAAGAUCCCCUGAUGAAACCCAAGAAAAAAGACAAGUUGAAAAAGGAGAGAAGAUGUAAAGAAAAGGAUAUUGCUCGACUGAAGCACAAAUCCUCUAAAUACAAAUCUGUAGUAGAAAAAAUCACCAACAGCAAGAGCUCUUCUUUGCAUGGCAACAAACACAGUGUUCACAGAGUACCUGUAAAACGUGAGGAUGAGGUCCCAACAACACCAGUAACCUACCAGGAGAGGAGGCAGCUGAAAUUGGACAUCAACAAGCUGCCUGGUGACAAGCUGGGCAAACUGGUGAGCAUCAUUCAUGCCAGGGAGUCGUGUCUGCCACAUUCCGGUCUAGAGGAGGUUGAGGUGGACUUUGAAAAGCUCAGGCCUUCCACACUCAGAGCCCUGCAGAGGUUUGUGGCAGAAUGCAUGAAGAAAUGCAACAAGAACAGGAGCAGUAAAAAGCUGAAGCCCACAGAAGGAACGCAGACUGGGAGACUAAAGGAUGCUGGGAGAUCUGCGGUUGUCAGUAAAGAGCGGCACUUCAUGAAUAAAAAAAAGCCAGUAGCUAAAUUCCUGGCACCUCCAGAGCUCAGCUGCCCGGCUCGCCUCAGUGACAGCAGCUGCAGCAGCUCGGCAUCCAGCUCGGACAGCAGCAGCCAUGGUAGCAGUCUGUGUAGCACUGACAGCAGUGACUCUGAAUCAGUGCCAAAAACAAAGAAGCUGAAAAGUAAAGAAUCUUGCCAAAAGGUUAAGACGAAGUCAAAGGUCACUCGCGCUGCCUGUAGUAAGCAGAUAACGGAGGCCAAAGAUCUGACGAAAGCCUCGGUCCAGACCUGUCAGCCUCCCCCUGCAGCACAGAUCUCAGAAUCAGAACCUAAAGGCCACCCGGCACACUGCAGUGUGGACCAGACCUGUGAUGAGCAGACUUUGUCACCUCCAGAUUUGUCUGCCCUUUUAUCCCCCAUGGCAUCUCCAGGAGUUACGCUGGACUGGGCUGCUGCCAGGUUUGAGCAGGCCCCAGUGCUGUCCCCCCUGAGAGACAGCCCACUGCAGUCCAAAGAUGAGACGAGAUCCAAUUUCAGAUACCUGGAGGACGUCCUUGACAGUCAGUUGACUAAUGUGCCUUACACCACACAGAAACCUGCUGAAGAGGAAAAACCCCAGGUUCCCAAAAAGGACAUUGUCCUGAAAAAUGCGGAGUCCUGGGCGAGACUCGUGAGACAGUCAGUCACUCCAACUACUAUCAAGUCCUCAAAGGAGAGCUUUCAGCAUUUCCGUAAGGCUGCCAUAGAAAAGGAGGAACGUGAAAAAGCACUGAAGAAGAAACAGACUGAAGAGACCAGAGAGAAGGAGGCUCCUGAAAACAGCAGCCUACCAGGCCCAUGCAAAGCAGAACAGAAUCCACAGCCUGUUACAGAGGAUCCUGAUUCAGCAGAGAUCAUUUGCACAGAGGGUACCUUAGAUGCCCCCAAAGAUGCUGAGCAGCAAAAGCCAAAGUCUCCCAGGGACACACAACCUCUGACCACACAGUUGUCAGUAGAUAAGCAAAGAGAGAUGGCCCGCAGAAAGGAACAGGAGCGUCGCAGGCGAGAGGCUAUGUCUGGUAUUGACAUGACUAUGCAGCGGGACAUCAUGACUACAUUUGAGCUUAACCUGGACUGAACUGGGAUUUACUUGAAACAUGUUCUUUGUGUGUGAUUCCAUAAUAACU